AUGAACAAUGUCUCGGGACCCGGAAAUUCGUCACCACCACUUUUAGGGCAAUCGGCUUCCUCUUACAAGCCAAACCAUAAGAAUGAGAGCAAUGUGACUGUUAAUUCGGCGAAGUCUAGAUUUAAUGGACCAGUGGAACUGGCAAGUCUUCGAACGACAAUUGAUACGCAAAACGUGCCAGCACCUCCCGCUCCAUUUCUUUUGGCAAGUAGCCCCUCGACAAGAUACUCGGAAUCUCCGAGUAUUUGGAGUAGAGGGUCUACCCCAACAUCAUUGUCAUCAUACUCCCCCGGUAUUACAAAGAUUGGCCGUCUGAGACAACCGAGUCCGUCUCAAACAAGAUUGCCUGUCUUUUCUCCUCCACCGGCACAUGUAAGCCCUCAGCAAGAAAGGCCGGGGCUGAAGACUGAAAAGCGGGUACUUCCUACAAAGGCUCCUGUCUCCAGCUUAGUAGGGACCGACAAAGGCCAGAGAGCACCACCGUCUAAAUCCCCCUCUACAGUACCUCGCGGCCCCCCUUUCAAUCCGCCACGGAGAAAGUCGUCUGUCAACUUCAGCCCUCCAAAAUCUCCCGAAAUCGAUGUUGAACAGGCUCGGAGGGAAGUCGAAGAAGCUGAGAGGCGUUUGUUUGACCCACAAAGGGCUAUGGAAUGUUCUCCCUCACGGAAUACGGAGACACCUCAGACUCCACCACGCCCGAGCAGAGAUGGAACGCAUCGCUUAGAUCUCGAGACAUCGCCGAUUGUCCAAAGCAACCUACGAUAUAUUAGAACAACGGGCCACACGAGACGCGAGUCGAUAGAAAAGAUCAUAGCAACCCAACAGUCACACCCAACUCCUAACAAGUCUGCCACUGCAUCAAUUGACUCCCUGCAAUCAAGAGCAAUCACCGAAGUCCCUCAUCGAGAUGGCGGAUCCUCCAUACUAUCCAAAAAGACACCCCCGACAUUGACCAAGGAGACUUCCCAAGAGAAGGCGGAUCCAAAGCAAAUACCAACAAAAAAACGGUUCGGUCUGUUCACAAAGAAGUCCAAACCGGACACCUCAGAGAAUUCGACCGAGCAAGCUCGAGCCACUCGCAAAGGUCCAGCCGCAGGAACAGGCCAUGAGGGCUACGGAAAAUACGGACAGCGCGGCCGCAAAGCAAGCGGUAGUAGUAGCAGCGCUACGAGAACCAGAUCAACCAGCACAACACGGAGUGCCGCUAGCAAAGGGAGUCAAUCGAGUCGUCCUGAGUUGGAUAUUGAUGAUUUCCUAAUGAGCCGUCUGGAGCCUGUUAUUAUCAAUGGCGGUGGAUUGGACGGUGCAUCGUUGUCACGGACACAAAGCGAGCAGAGUUUCAGUAGCAUAAGCGUUGCAUCGACUUCGAACUUGCCGCAGCAAACUCUGCUAUCAUACUCGACUGGUCAGUCUACCGAAUCCCUUGCAACUUCGACGGGGACAUUUGGUGAGAUUAUUACGCCAAGUUAUUCGAAUUUCACCACACCGAUGGGAAGCAAGAGUCCCGAGUAUCAAUCUAACGUACCUCAUCGUCCAGAUGCAUCGAAGUCACGCAUGCCCGUUUCAAGAGAGAAGAGACACGGCGUCUUUGCGAACCCCCAGGCUGCUGUCACAAACACGUCUCUUUCUAGCCACGAGCCAAGCGCUGCUGCCUCACACCAACCAAGGCCUGCCCAAAGGUCCCCCGAGAAGGUCAACAAGCCUGAGCAGGUUGAGAAGCAACAAGCCAAGAAAGGAAAGACAUCCAUGUGGAACUUCUUCCAUAAGAACCGUGCCAACGAAGAGAAAAGCUCAAUUCCUCCAACGACCUCAUCCCAAACCGCGAAACUUCAUGCAGCGAUCUCCCCAGUUCUGAACACUCGGCCCGUGGCCCAUUACGCCUUGGUGGAUGCUGAAUCGGAUGAGCUCGAUGAAAUCAUCAACAACAUCGAAGACUCACCACCGACGGAGGAAGAAACAAUUUUCCAUCCCGUGGAAAUCCCAAGAGGCUUGAGCAUUAGAAAAAGAAAGCCAUCAAUUCUCUUGCCAUCUCCGCCAAAGAUACAUGGUGAGUUUGAAAAUGAUGACCGGCCAUCGCCGAGGACCGCCAUGUUCAAUCGCAACCUUAUGGCCCCGGAGCUCGAGAUAUCACCUAAACAACGCCCGCGCUUGGCCUCUGUCGGUCGGAUCCCACACGUAGUUUCGCGGCGCGAUAGACACCAUCAGCCCGCAAUGCAGUCAUUUUCGCGUCCUUUCAGUGUUGUCGAGUCACCUUCUCUCACUGUUCCAACGACGCAAAGCUACGAAUCUCCACCUGUCGCUCAUGGUCCAUCGAACCUGGGGAUUGGCCCAAGCGAAUCUUCUAACUGGGGCGAUGGGUUUAACCCAACAUUUAGCGCAUCCGAGGAGACCAGCGCUUUGGAGUUUCUUGCUGGGCCGUUCUCAACGUAUGAGUUCCUUCAAUUUCCACCAAAGAAAGGCUCAACCUCGUCAGAUAGCUCUGGAGCUCUGGCUGCGGUUACAGCCGUGCCCCCGAUUCCAGGCUCCCCGCCAACUGAGGAUGAGGUGUGGAAUGAGUACGAUGAUCUUAUUGAUCACGUUCUGUCGCCAAAUGAACCGAAGCACGAAGAGGCGGAAAAGACCGAAGAAGAGGACAGGUUUGAACUUGCAACGAUGGCGAGCAGGGCUCUUCAGGACGAGUUGAAUAAUGCAAAUCAACCCCAGCCCGUACCUAGUGGCAAUUCAGUUCGCUCGAGUGGAAGCUCUGUUCAUCUUCGCCGUUCUCAAAUUGUCUCUGCUUUGCAAUCGUCUACCGCCCCUUCUUCUCAGCCGUCUUAUAGUGAUCUUGUCGCUGCAUAUAGCGACUCCAAUGAGGAGAAGACACAGCAGACUACCGAACCUACCGAGGAGCCUUCUUCAACAGACCAGCAUCGUGAACAGCAGCAGUCUACAUUUCUCAACUCUCUCGCUGCUGUCCCUUCGCCUAGGCCAAAAUUCCACCGCGAACACGAAGCCGCAUCUUCGGAGCGUGAGUGGGACGCAGUGACACGGACUAACAUGCGUUCCGCUUCGCUCAUGACUAGCCGCUGGUUAUCCUUCGGCCGAGUCCUUUUCAGCCCGGCUCAUAACCAUGUCAAGGCCGGAGGACAAGGACGAAUUCUUGUGGUCGACGGACUGGGAAAUGACGACUGGUCGUUCUAUUGUUCCUUGACAUAUCCCGAUGCCGAGGUCUACAGUUUGGGUGGACGUCCUGUAUCCGCAACACCUCCCCACCCCGCUGCAUGGCAGCCCCCUACCAACCACCACACUGUGUAUCACGCAGGACUAGACAACCCCCUCCCCUUCCCAAAGGACUACUUCACAGUAGCCGUACUACGAUUCCCCGCUGUCUGCUCCGAGACCGUGCAAGGGAACAUCAUCCAAGAGUGCAGACGUGUUCUCCGCACCGGAGGGUAUCUAGAAAUGAGCCUCCUCGACCGUGACAUGGUGAACAUGGGACCCCACACGCGCAAAGCCAUCCGCCAACUCAAAGAAAUGACCUGUCUCUCAGACUCGACGCUGAGCCUAAAACCAACCAGCGACAGUAUCCAACGCGAACUUGGAACGCAAGGCUUCGACAGUCUCCGUCGCUGCAUGGUUCGAAUCCCCGUCGCGGGAAUGGUCCUCCGAUCCUCUGACUCCAGCUCAUCGGCACACUCCAUUUCAACGGCGAACCCUUCCACUGUAUUCUCGCUACCUACUAUAUCCGUCACAAAUGCGGGUGAUAACCAAAACACGGGAACCGCUUCUAAAUCCCCUUCGAAUGAUGCGAAUAUCUCUCUCGGCGAUUUGCUCUCCGAUCCUUCCCCAUCUCCCGCAAACGAUGAGUCAAUCGCUAAGAUCGUUGCCCGUGUCGGACGCUGGUGGUAUUCGAAAUGCUAUGAAGAUCCUGUUUUCUUGACUGGAAACACUGAUCCGAGUAUUUGGAAUGACCGCAAGGUACUCCGCGAGUGUCAGAAGCGCGGCACUGGGUUCCGCAUGUUCAUUGCAUACGCCCAGAAGCCUAGUGAGGUUCCCCGACGCACGGCAAGCGUGUAA